AUGUCAGAUAUAGAGGCUGUUCAUUCAGCUCCAGGUGUCCUAGCAAGUGGUGAAAAACCUAAAGAAAUUACCAUGGGGGAAGCCAGUACUAAGAAGUUGAUAUUUUGUGCGGCCGGGAUUUUCUUCUGCUAUUUUUACUAUGGGAUUUUGCAAGAGAAAAUCACCAAAGGAAAAUAUGGUGAAGGAGAAAAACAGGAAAAAUUCCAGUAUACUUUAUCACUUGUAUUUGUGCAGUGCAUUAUCAAUGCACUCUAUGCAAAACUUGCAAUGUACUUCUUUGCCAAAGAGAAAGAUAACACCCCUAGCAGCCUGUACGCCAUCUGCUCACUAACAUACCUCGGUGCCAUGUUGGCCAGCAACCACUCUUUACAACAUGUCUCCUAUCCUACACAGGUGCUGGGCAAAUCUGUGAAGCCAAUACCCGUGAUGGUGCUUGGAGUCAUCCUUGCUGCCAAGAGAUACCCGCUAGCCAAAUACUUGUGUGUGCUGCUGAUUGUCUCCGGGGUGGCCUUGUUUAUGUAUAAGGAUCAGAAAACAACAACAACAAGUGAUCGACCUUUCUUUGGAACUGGGGAGUUUCUCCUGCUGGUCUCAUUGACCCUAGAUGGUUUGACCGGAGCCUCCCAGGACAAGAUGAAGUCAAGCUACAAGACAGGGGCAAACAGUAUGAUGCUGUUUAUAAAUGUGUUCUCAGUUAUAUGGCUGGCUAUAGGUCUAGUGGUCACAGGAGAGAUAUUUGAAUUUAUACCUUUUGCUAGUCGGCAUCCUUCUGUUUUAUUCCACAUGAUUAGUUUUAGCUUGGCGUCUGCUUUAGGACAAAUGUUUAUCUUCAUCACGGUCACAUCAUUCGGCCCCCUGACUUGCUCAAUCAUCACCACCACCCGCAAGUUCUUCACAAUCCUUACCUCUGUCAUCAUCUUCCAGAACCCCAUGUCGGGCCGACAGUGGAUCGGCACAUUGCUGGUGUUUAUAGGGCUCGGCCUGGACUCUAUUUAUGGCAAGGAAAGGAAGAAGAUCAGUUGA